AAGCAGUUGAUUUUACCACUAUAAAAGCAUAACAAGAUGAAAGACAAGCAAGUGAACAUCAGUUUUCAGAAAUUACUGAAAAUGGCUUCUGGUCUCAAGAAGGAUGAUGUUGUGAUAUUGAGGCUUGAUGGUGAAGAGCUCAAGGAAUUCAGUCAAAGUCCAAGUUUUGAUUCACAAAUGCUUUCCAUUUUCAAUGAGAUGAAAUGCAAUAACAGUACUGAAUCUCUGAAUAACUGCAUUUUAAUUGCUUUGGAAAAACUCACUGUUGAUCAUGGAAUGCCUCCAGUUUCUGAUUCUUGGGUUUUCAGUAAUGUUGUAGAACCAGCUCUUCAAUCAGUGUCAAGGGAUGAUAAGUUUGUACCAGUUUCUGAAGAGAUUUUCUUGGAAGAAUUCAGGAAAGUUGUGAACAAAAUCCUCAAAAAACUCCAAGAAAAACCUUUAAUUAUUGCUCACAGUGAGACCAACAUUGAUGGAAGUGGAAUCAAGACAUUGUUAUCUGAUAAAAAUGAACUAAUAAAGAUAUUGGAAUUGGUUUGGAAGGAUUUAACCAAAGAUGAAAAUCAGAAAAAAUCGGUGUUUCUUCGUGCUGCACUUGACCGGAUUUCUGGAUUAGCAGAGCUGCCUUCUUGUUAUGCAAGUGAUCAGAUUGAUGCUGUGUUGAAUGCUAAUGAAACAGAGAUGCUCAAGGAAGAAGAGUUCAAGGAGAUAAUGACACAGAUUCUUGAAAAAAUUAUGCAGCAACUGGAGAGAAAUCCAAUCCUCAUAACAUCAAAUUCAAUGGUUCAUGAACCGAUGAAUUCAUCGACAAACUUGAAUUCUCCAUUAUCAUUGUCUGAAAGUGAAUGAAUUUGUAUCAAUAACAAU